AUGCGUACUUUCUUCUUGACCUUCCUUGCUUUCGCCACUAUUCUCUUUGUGACUGCUUCUGUGGUCCCACCGUUGAAGGCUAUCGUGCACGUCGCGUUGUGUGAUCCAACGUGUCCGACGAAUGGAUGUUCCGCGUGUUGCGAGCAACAUGGAUACCAAUUGGGCGGUCUUUGUGUUAAUGUGACUUCCACUACCACAUGGUGCUAUUGUAAU